AUGGCGCGCAAAGGCCACCUGGUGGAGAAUCUCGUGGAAAACACUAUUAAAUAUGAGUUACUCUUCUUAGGUUCAGUUGUUUCCAGCUGUGAUGCGUGCCACGAAAAAGCAACGUGCCAAGAGUCACACGAAAAAGGCGACUCCUUUGUCGGCUUCUCGUGUGUCUGCAAAGAUGGCUUUGUUGGCGAUGGUCUCAGCUGUUACAAUACCUUAGUCUGUAGCGAUGGUUCCUGUUGUAGUCAAGGCUAUGAAUGGGCACCUGGCAGUGGCUGCGUGGACAUUGACGAGUGCUCGCUCCCUGACUCACCAUGCACGGCACCUCGGGUUUGCCAAAACACGCCAGGCUCCCAUGAAUGCCUCGAGCCUGCCUCACUCUCUAGAUCUGGCCUUUCCUCACAAUCAGUCCAGUUCAGUUGUGGAAACACAGUGUGCCCAGCAGGUAUGGACUGCAUUGGAAAUAACGGGACAAGAUGUGCUGACCCUUGUGAGAGCUACACCGUCCUGGAUGAUGACUGGCGUUCGACACAAAAUGGAUUUACCUCACCUGCAAAGUGUGACAAAAAUGUUGAGUGGCAAGGUUGGUAUCGCUUAUUCCUGGGACAAAACAGCGCACAUGUUCCUGAGGGAUGCGAGGUCCGCCUGGCUAAUGGAGGAAACAGCUCCUGCUCUGGCAGAGUAGAAAUCUUCCACCGUGGACAGUGGGGAACAGUGUGUGACGAUAUCUGGGACCUGAAGCACGCGCAAGUGGUGUGCAGACAGUUGGGCUGCGGCAGGGCCCUGGCAGCCCCCCAGAGGGCUCACUUUGGACAGGGCAGUGGCCCCAUUUGGUUGGAUAAUGUCAGAUGCACCGGAAGUGAAUCAAAGCUGGGUGAGUGCAAUCACCAAGGAAUUGGAUCGCACAACUGUGGUCACCAUGAGGAUGCCGGAGUGGUUUGUGAAGCUGCGUCACCCGUGAGGCUGGUCAACUCUGACAACCGCUGCUCUGGAAGAGUUGAGGUCUACCAUAAUGGACAAUGGGGGACUGUGUGUGAUGACAUAUGGGUCCUCACCAAUGCCAAAGUGGUGUGUAGACAGUUGGACUGCGGCAGGGCUCGUUCAGCACUGCACAGUGCAGCCUUUGGACAGGGCAGUGGACCCAUCUGGUUGGAUGAUGUCCGUUGUCUUGGAAAUGAAACUUCAAUAACGAGCUGCCAACAUCGUGGAUUUGGGAGACACAACUGUGUACACAGGGAGGAUGCCAGCGUUGUUUGUGAAGAAACGCAACCUUCACUCAGACCUUCUCAUCUUAUUUGUGGCCCUGACAAAAUCCGAGUGGCCCUGGAUUCCGUGAGCAUAACACGCGCCGGUUAUAACCCGCUCUCUGGCAACCUGGCAGUCCGCAACUGUUCCUGGGUCAGGGUGCAAGGUGAUGUCGUGUGGUACGAAGCUGACGCUCAGGCAGAUGCUUGCGGAAACACACUGACGACCAACCGCACACACGCCAUCUACUCCAACAGUUUAUUUAUCUACCCAUUGAACAACACAUCAUUCUCUCCCGCUGUGAGUCUUCCUUUCUCGUGCGCCUAUCCCCUGGACGCAGACAGCAGGCUGAACGUGGCCAUCAGACCAUCCCUUGCGUUGGACGGUGGUAUUAUUGGCUCAGGUUACAAAGCCAGAGCCUCCAUGGUCCUCUUCCGCAACUCCAACUUUACAGAGCCUUAUUCAGCGGGCGCGGUCGUCCUUCCGGUGGGCUCGCCGUUGUACGUUGGGGUCGCUGUGGACAGAAGAGAUCCCAGCUUGGCAGUUGUUUUGGAGGAUUGCUUCGCCUCUCACUCCUCAAACCCUGAUUACCCCGAGCGAUACUCUCUAAUUCACAACAAAUGUCCCGCUGACCGCCAACAAGUCUCCGUGGUUGAGAGUGGCUCAUCCCUCCGGGCUCGUUUCUCUGCUCUGUUCUUCCUGGUUCAGGGGGAAUAUCGAAGUAUUUACCUCCACUGCGGCCUCAGCCUGUGUGACCGGAGGAGGUUCUCUUGCAUUCCGCCUUGCACAUGGAGAGUAAAACGCUCUGUCUCAACCUCUGCUCCAAUGAAGCCACUCAGCGUUGGUCCAAUCAAAUGGGAGAAAUCAUCUGAGUGA